AUGUCACGUGGUAGUCAAUUUGUAGGCGCUGAUUGGCCGAGUGAUGGUACCGAACGUCGUGGAGUCUCCCGGUUUUCGUCGACUCGCCUUGAAUCCCCGUUGUUGCAUCCAUUCUCCCUUUGCUGGGCAAUUGUUGUCUCCGUGCGUGAUUCUCGAGACCUAGAAAAGAUGGUUUUCUCCCAGACUCUCCGUCGCGCUGCGGCUCAGUCCGCCGGUGCCUACCGCUCUCCGUUUGCGCCCAAAUAUCAGAGUCCCCUUCACUUCCAAGGCUUGACCGUCAACACUGCCACGAAAUACGCUAAGAUUGCCGGUACUUUCGGCGUCAGCGCUGGUGUCUUCCUGGUCUUCUUCUUGGGCGAGGUGCCCCGUGUGCGCAAAGACAUCCUGCAGCAGUUCCCUUUCUUUGACAAGUACUUUGACCGGACAAUUGCCCCUGAGGACAACCCCUUCUAA